UUGGAAUCGAUGGAGGAAGGCCUUCCCCCGGGGUUCCGGUUUCACCCCACGGACGAGGAGCUCAUCACCUACUACCUCACCCGCAAGGUCUCCGACUUCGCCUUCACCACCCGCGCUAUCGCCGACGUCGAUCUCAACAAGUGCGAGCCAUGGGACCUUCCAAGCAAAGCUAGCAUGGGCGAGAAGGAGUGGUACUUCUUCAGCAUGCGCGACCGGAAAUACCCGACCGGCAUCCGCACGAACCGUGCCACCGAAUCUGGCUACUGGAAGACCACCGGCAAAGACAAGGAGAUUUUCCAUGGCGGCAGGCUGGUCGGGAUGAAGAAAACCCUAGUCUUCUACGGAGGUAGAGCACCCAAGGGCGAGAAGACCAGCUGGGUCAUGCACGAGUACAGGAUCCAGAACAAGUUCCCAUACAAACCAAACAAGGAGGAAUGGGUGGUGUGCAGGGUGUUCAAGAAAACCCAGAUAGUGAAGAUGAGGCACUCACAGGACAGCCCCGACAUGGACUCCCCAUGCAACGACGGCAACGUCUCCCUCGGCGAGCUCGGGGAGCUCGACGUCUCCUCCAUGCUCGGCAGCUUCGGCCCCGCUUCCGGCGAGAACUUCGGCCACGGCCGGGUCGACAUGGGCGCGUACAUGAGUUGGCUGCAAGCGGCUGCAAACCAGAACGCGGCCGCCAUGCUCCCGUGGGCACCGGGGCUUCUGGGUACCGUUUUCGCUGGGAACCCCACGAUGCAGAAAGCGCUAGCACCCUUCGCCGGGUGCAGCCAACAGCUGCCGCCGCGAGACGUCGUGGAUGGUGAUCUUGCCUUGUUUGGUAACGCGAUGGCAAAGGUGGACAUGGAGUGCGAGCAGCAGCAGCCACAGCUGGAAAUGCACGACUCCACAUGGAGAACCUUCUGA